AUUCUAGAACUCCUGCCUUCAAUAUAACUUUCUCUAGAUGGUCCAAUCCAAUCUUCUCUGUUCUUCUAUAUAAUACCUCAACCAUUUCCUCACGAGGAAUUGCAAAUAUCCACGUUCCUUUCCAAAGGGGAAGUUAUGGUCUUCCUCUCCAAAAAUGAAGAAACCAAUGGAAAUUGCUAAAAUCAUCAAAAUUCCUAAACACGAUCUCGUUCAUUCUCGCGUUUUUCUGUUUGGUUUCUAUUGCUGGGAUUGGGAAUUCCUCACUGCUCUAUUGCUCUUUAGUUGUUCUUUUUGAUUCUCACCAGAUCGUACGAAUUUAUACAGGAAUUGAAUCAAUUUGGUUUAUUAAGUUUUUUAUUAUUAUUUAUUUUAAAUAGUUUUUGAGGGUUGAGAUAUGUCGCAGAGGAGUGUUCCAGCUCCUUUUCUGACGAAGACGUAUGAUCUGGUAGACGAUCCGAGCAGCGAUGAUGUGAUUUCUUGGAAUGAAAGUGGUACAGCGUUUGUUGUCUGGAAAACUGCUGAAUUUGCGAAGGAUUUGUUGCCUAAUUACUUUAAACACAACAAUUUCUCCAGCUUUGUUCGCCAGCUUAAUACUUACGGCUUUCGAAAGAUCGUUCCAGACAAGUGGGAAUUUGCCAAUGAAAACUUUAAGCGUGAUCAGAAGGAACUUUUAAUUGAAAUUCGUCGUCGGAAAACGGUGCCUUCACAAAAUCCAUCAGGGUUAAAGCAUGUGGUUACUGAUAGCCCAACCUUGCAGGAGAACUCUGGGGAUGACCUUGGCUCGAGUUCAACCUCAUCUCCGGACUCCAAAAAUCCAGGGUCAUUAGGAACACAAACAUCGGCACAACUUGCAGACCUAUCUGAUGAAAACAAGAAAUUGAAGAAAGACAAUCAUAUGCUAUGUUCAGAGCUGGCACAAACAAAAAAACAAUGCGACGAACUCAUUGCCUACUUAACUCAAUGUGUAAAGGUGGCGCCAGAACAAAUCAACCAGAUCAUGAACGGUAGUGCCCCUAUCGUGGACGAGGCGCGUCCAUGCAACAAAGGUGUGGGUGAUGAGAAUCUUGGUAAUGAUAAUGACGAAAAUGUAGACUGUGUGAAAUUAUUUGGAGUAAUGGUAAAGAAGAGGAGUCGUGACUUGAAUAUUGAUUUCUCUGAAGUACAUAAAAAGGAAAUGAAAACAACGGCGGAGGAUAGUGAGUCUUGGAUGAAGGUUUCUGUGUCAUCCCAGGAGAAUAGCAAGGUCUAUAGUUGAUCAUCUAUAGCGUGCAUCGUGUUAAUACUCAUAUGGCACUCAAUAUAUUCACUAAUGAGAGUGAAGAUACAUAGAGAAGCUAUGAAACCUUUGGGUUGAGUAGUUGUUCUGUCGUCUUAAUGUAGUAACUAGUAAGGUUAAUAAAUUUUAGUGCAGUUUAGCCGGCUUGUUUACGAGUUGGAAGAUCAAAAGCAAACGGGUUUCCCAACUCUUCUAUACAUCUUUGUACACUAUAUGUGUGAUUUUACACUUGUGCAAACCAAAACUUAUGGUUUUGAAAUUUCAUAAAUAAUUGUAAUGAUUUUACUUUUCACUA